GUAAAUUUUCAUUCUAUGUAUUUAUAAGUAUAGUUCUUUGGAGUUGAGACCUUCAUAGAUCAAAUGUGCAAAGAUCUUUCUAUGUGUUAUUGUGUUGUUCCUUAAUCCUUAGCAAAGAAAAUAGUCCAGAUAUGGAGAAAGCUCUGGCUACUCCCCUCAACGCUCUAAGAGUCCUGCGCACUCGAAUGAUUUUUAACCGUAUAUUCGCUCUUAUUUACGCCUUCGCCAUCGUCGCCCUCCUCCACCGCCAUGCGCGGACCCUCCUCCUCCGCCACCGCACCGCUGCCUCAUCUUCUCUUUUCAUCCACUUCCCGAUGCUCGUUGCCGACGUCAUCCUCGCCUUCAUGUGGUCGACGGCUCAGUCCUACCGCAUGCGGCAGGUGACGAGGACAGAGUUCAUCGGGAACUUGGGAGAAGCUCUGGGGGAGGAGGAGUUUCCGGGGAUGGAUAUUUUCAUCUGCACGGCGGAUCCGGAGAAGGAGCCGCCGUGGGAUGUGGCGAACACGGCAAUGUCGGUCAUGGCGUACGACUACCCGCCGGAGAAGGUGUCGGUGUACGUGUCCGACGACGGCGCGUCGGAGCUCACGCUCUUUGCGCUGGUGGAGGCGGCUAAGUUUUCGGCUUGUUGGUUGCCGUUUUGUCGGGAGAAUGAGGUUUUGGAUAGGUGUCCGGAGGCGUUUUUCAGUUCUGGUCAUGGCACAACUCUCAAGGCUCAAGAGCUCAAGGUAGGUGGCCCUACACCUUUCACUUUAAUAUGAUACUCUACUUUCUAAAUUGAAAAAAAGUUUAUCUAAAAAAAUCAUGCACAAAAUAAAACUUAUACUACCUU